AUGAAUGGCCAGUUUUUCAGCCGUCCUACCUCUGCUCACUCACACGAGGCGACCAGCACCAGUGCACACACGCAACUGCUCACAACCAGGCCGCAGGCCGGAGCACAGACCGGCCGCGGCCAAGACGGCGUUCGUCUGUGGGUGAGUCCCUCGGCCUGGCGGUGUGCCGCGCAGUCGGCUCAACCCUGCCAGCCCCACAUCGUCUCGGGCCGGGCUGGGCUGGGCUGGGCCGGGCGAGCAGACACCCGCCCUCCGGCCCGCCCGAUCAGCCGAACAGCCAAGCCGAAGUUACAACUGCAAGUGUCUCAUUCGACUCCCACUUGCAUGCAAGUCUCACCCUAUCACUCCCACUCUCUCUCUCUGUCUCUCUGUCUCUCUGUCUCUCUCGCUCUCUUUCGCGCGCGCACGCGCGGGCGCGUUAAUUUGCUAUCUGGCCUAAUCUGUCUUGUGUGUCGCCUCAAAACCGCGCUCUCGUCAGUUGACUCGCGGCUAGCGGGCUACACUCCCUCGAAGCGGCUCUGA